UUGGACAAAUGUUUUCCCGAUUUGGUAUUGGAAGAGGUAAGUUGUUAAAAUUUAAAUGGGAGACGUGAAAGAGUAGUUUCAGAACUCUUUAACUUGUGCAAGGUAAAAUUUAAAACAGUAAUAUUUACAGCUAAUAUGUAAUUUUAUGCAAGUUCUUUACCUCUUCAUUUACAACUGGAUUCAUGUAUUAAAAUGAAGCAAACAUACUUUUCCAGGCUCCAUGCGGCGACUAUUCCCUCCUGGGCCCUGCCUUUCACAAAUAGUUCAACACCAACUUCGAUUAAUUAAUAGUUCUUCAGAGUUGUGCAAUACGUGCUAAGCAAACGUGCAUACGUGCUAUCAUAUUAAGUGUAAAAAAGUACCUUUAUGUACUCUGAUUCUGAAGACUUAAUGAACAUGCGCAGGAGGAGAAAGUGUUUCUUUGUAUUUCAGAAGCGAUAACCCUUUACAGUCCCUAACAUCACUAUAACAUCACUAUGCAAGGUCUCUCUAUAUAUUUCUUAUCAAUGGUACUUACAUUGAGAAUUUGUCUUAAAAUCAAGAGCUUAUUGAGGUUGCGAUCAUUUCCUCCAUUCUCAUGACCUUAAUGUUUGAUUCUGGAGUAUUACUGCAGGGAGAAAUUAGAUGCUUAUCGCUUUAAGGAAUUUUAAGGGUUAAUGGUAUUUUUUUUAAAAAUUCCUUUGUCCUAGAGACAUUUGCAGGUACAUUGAUACCAUCUCCAAUUUGCCUCAACACCAAUUUCAUGAUGCCUCUUUUCCUUAGUGUUAGGGAUCAGUGGUCGUCUAUCAAAUCUAUGCGUAUCAUUGAAGCCAGAAAAAGUUUUGUUGGCAUCUCAAAGCAGUGCAAUCCACAGUUCAAAUACCAGAAUGAACAGUACAGAACAGUACAAAUUUGAAACUCUUGCUGUGACUAAACCACAGGAACAUGUGAUUCAGGUGGAACUUAACAGACCAGACAAAAGAAAUGCCAUGAAUGGAACAUUUUGGAGGUAGAUUUCAUAUUGAAUUACUGCUAUAAGCUUAUGCAUAUCAUGUUUCUGGUUUUUAUGAUCAGCCUGUGAAUGGUUUGGUGAUCUUCAGCCUAGAACUUGUGGAGAAGGUCAGCUUGUGACCUCUCCAAACAUUAUGUUGUCAAUGGGCUAUUCAUGACAUUUUGUGAAAAAGGUAAAAUUUUAGUCAUUAGAGAAGAAUUAUCGAAAAGGGCACUUUUAUAAUACUGCAUAUCAAGUUUUUAUAAUUCUUGUCCUUUUGAUAAGUGUGUUGCAAACCAAUAUGGCUUGCAAUAAGUUUGGAGGUUCACACAACAUCUCAUAGAGUUUCAUACCACUUUGCUGUCUCAGAAUACAAGGUUGAAGAGGCAAUUACAAAGCACUAAUAUUAUAAUUAUGGUAAAAAUGGUGAGACAGUCAGUGAUUCUACCAUGUACAGGCUUACAUUGACAAUUCUACUUUCCAAUAUCUUUUGGUACAAUUGUAAUGGAACUUGGAUGUGCAGUGUACGUUUGAAAUAACUAUCUCAUCUUCUUAUGGUGCACAGGGAAAUGGUGGAUUGUUUUCGGCAGAUUGGUGAUGAUUCUGACUGUAGAGCUGUAGUUUUAACCGGAGCAGGAAAAAUCUUCACUGCAGGUUGGGGCAAAUAUUAUGUUAGAUACAUGAACCUACGAAUGAUUAGGCCUCUCAUCCAAAGUUGGUGAUGUCUGAAGAACACUCAGGCUCCUUGCUUGCCAUCCAAGCUUAUCCUAGUUUUAAUAGAAACAUUUAUAAGUGAUAAGAAUGUUGAAUACAAAAUCAAACACUUCACUGUAAUUAAAGUUCACCUCUAACUAAACAUUUUUUAAUACAUGCAUCUUAAAUGUUUAAAUAGAGACUGGUCAAUUUAAAUUGCAGGUCUUGAUCUGAUGGAUAUGGGGAGUGAUUUGAUGAACUCUGACUUGGAACCCUCCAGAAGAGCUCAUAUGCUGAGAAAACUCAUCCUCUUCCUACAAGAGUCAUUUCGUAGCAUUGAAAAAUGUCCACAGCCAGUCAUUGCUGCAGUUCACUCAGGGUGUGUGGGUGGAGGAGUUGAUAUGAUCUGUUCCUGUGACAUCCGUCUUUGCUCCUCUGAUGCUUGGUUUCAAAUUAGGGUAAGUGACUCGUUCAAGUUUCCCAAAGUUCAGCUUAAAACUAGGUAUGAACUUUCCUUCACCUGCAGGAAAGUUUGAGCCAUUGAGUAAUGCAAGAUAGUGAGAGACUUGCAAGGAGUACAAAACUGAUAAUGAUUAUUGGAGCCAGCUAGAUCCCAGACAAACCUCCACUCCACUUGUCUAAAAUCUUCUCCACUUGUGUAAAAUCAUCCCCACUAACAGAGAAAUGUAGGGUGUGCACACUGGCUAACCACAGAUCUGUGGGACAAUAGCCUUUGGGUUUGCUCUCUUUGACUUUGUAUUUAUGUUGGUUUUGCACCAAUCAAUAUAAUGGUAAAUUAUGAUGCAUUGAUUGGCCAGUUGCUAUUAUGUGGACACACACACACACAAAAAAAAGAUUUGACUUCAUUCCCAACAAUAUUUGAGGUAUGUUUUUGAAAAUGAAAAUAAGUUUGCCAAAAUGUUUUCAGCCAAUUUGUUUGGUGUUAAGAGUCCUCUUUCUUUUUUAAGCUUUUGAGCUGUUUGAGUGGCUAGUGUCUAAUUUCUCCUUACAAUAUCACCCCUGAAUCAAACAUGUAAGGUCACAAGUAUAAUGGAAUGGUCACCAACUAAUAAAAGAAAUUCUUGAUUGGUAAACAAAUUCUCCUUGCCAGCACCUGAGGAAUUGUAUGGAGAACAUUAUGGAGAAUGUGCAUACUGAUGUUUGGGUGGGAAGGUUUAAAUAAUUAUAAUUUUUGUGUAUGUAGUCUUGGCAUACUCUGUAACAAUUGUGUUGAAUAAAUUUCAGCAUAUCAAUAUCGUGGUUUGUUAUUCAUUAUCACUAUCAUUCCAGUCUGAUGUCAUGAUGUUUCUUUGCUUUUUGUGAAAUUCUUUCAUUGAUAAUUGUUGUUUUUAUCUCUCAAAUUUUGUUUAUUUUCCGUACUCAAGGAAAUUGACAUAGGGCUGGCUGCAGAUUUGGGUACUUUGCAGAAAUUUCCAAAAAUUAUUGGAAAUGACAGGUGAACAUUGUUUUGAUACUUUUUAUUCAACACAUUAAAACCCCAAAAAUCAAAGUGGUCUUUGAAGAGAUUUUUUUGAUACCCUUGAUAUUGAACAUAAGAAAAAAAAAAGCUGGCCUUAUAGAAUUGCAGAGCUAUCAAAUUGUUUCUAUUUUGAUUUUCAGUCUUGCAAGAGAACUUUGCUUCACUGGUAGACGAUUCACAGCUGAGGAAGCUUUGCAAUUUGGAUUUGUAAGGUUUGUUCUGUGAUACCUCUUACAAACUGAGCUCAAAGUCUAAUGCAUCAGUAAGUCUGAAGCUUCAACUUCACCCCUGGCAAUCCUCAGGCAUUUGAACUUUUGAAGAUGGUUUGUUCAAAUUUGCCCUCCUCUGGGCCAAAUUGUGUUCAAAUGCCUCAGCAAGUGUCAGAUUUGAUCAUCAAUUUUUUUUUAAAAAGACAACAUUAGCAAGCAUGAAACUUGUUGUGGAACUUUUCUUCUUGGUCAUCUGUGUGUGAAAGUGAACUGUUGACCAUGGAACAUCUCCAUAAAAAAGACCAAACAUGUUUAUUCGGAUGGAAAGACUUGACAGUUUCUGUUCAAAUGCCCUUGGAUUGCCUGUGGGCUUCCAAGGGGGAAUGGGGGAAGAAAGAUUUUGAAGUUUUGAAAUGACUUACACUUUGUCAAUUGAAAGUAAUGUUUUGCAGUCAUUUACAAUCUGAAGCAACCCUCUCCUUUCUUGGCCAUUCUUAUUCAUACUUGGUUUACCAUUUUCUCUUUUGUGUGUUUACUACUGAACUAACAUUUUAUACAAUUUAGUCAUUUACCAUCUGUAACAAUCUUCUCCAUUCUUGGCCACUUUCAUUCUUCUGGGUGUAUUAUUGUCUCCUUGGUGUUUUUCUAUCUUACCAAACUUAUAUACCAAACUUAUAUUUUGUAGCCAUUUACAAUCUGUGACAAUCUUCUCCAUUCUUGGCCAUUCCUGGCCAUUCUUGGCCGUUCUUGUUUCUUCUGGGUUUAUGACUGUCUCCUUGAUAUUUUUUUUAACUUAUCAAACUUAUAUUUCGUAGUCAUUUCCAAUCUGUAACAAUCUUUUCCAUUCUGAGCCAUUCUUGUUUCUUCUGGGUUUCUCAUUGUCUCCUGUUUUUCUAUCUUACCAAACUUAUAUUUUGAAGUAAUUUACAAUCUGUGACAAUCUUCUCCAUCCUUAAUCAUUCUUGUUCCUUGAAGUUCUUGAUUUGUUAUUGCCUCUUUGGUGUUUCUCUAUCCUACAGAACUUCGUUAUAUUUUGUAGACAAUUAUACAACCUAUUUCAUUCCUUUCCAUUCUUAAUCAUCGUUUUUACCUUUUGGCUUAUUAUUGUCUAUUUUGUGUUUUUAUGUUUUUAUCUUACUGAACUAAACAUUUUGUAUUAAUUUACAAUCCGUGUCAAUCUGCUCCAUCCUAAGCCAUCCAUCUUGGUUCAUUACUGCCUCUUAUGUGUUCUCUUUUCUUACUGAACUAAUAUUUGGUACUCGAUCAAGUUGAAGGUAGUUUAGCGCGUCGUAAAAUUUACCCAAGAAUGUGGCGACUUAACUUUUUAUUCACAAUUUCACACUCUCGCAAACUGAAAUUUUAGAAUUAUUUUCCUUCCUUGUAGUCGCGUCAGCCCAGGCCGUGAUAUUCUUUUAAAGGAUGCGUUGGAGCUAGCAGGCCAGAUCGCCAAGAAAAGUCCUGUUGCCAUGGCAGGGACCAAGCACAACCUUAAUUUUUCAAGAGACCAUUCAGCACAAGAGGGCUUGGAAUACAUGGUAAAAAACAUACUGUAAAUGCUACAAUAAUUGUCUUUAGUACACACAAAAGAUUUAUUCUCCAAUCAGAGCACAACCAGUUUGUUCAAUUUCAUGACGAAAAUGGUUAAUGUUUUUGUUUUUUUUUUUUACUUUUUCACCCUUCAGGCCACUUGGAACAUGGCUAUGUUACAAACGGAAGACAUUUUGAAAGCUGUACAGUCGACAAUGAACAAAGAGGAACCCGUGUUCUCAAAGCUAUAAACUAAUCUCAGUCGUAGUUGCAUUGACAUUUUGAUAUUACAAAAACUCUCCAAUAAUUGUUUGCAUAUGAGUAUUCUUUAAACGAUUCGCUUGAAGAGCUGAACAUGUGUACCAUCCAGUAACCCUAUGAGAUACCGUGACCGCGUAGCUUGCGGCAUUUCUCGGUCCCACGAUUCGCUUGAAGAGCUGAACAUAUGUGCCAUUCAGUAACCCUAGAGAUACCGAGACCGCGUAGCUCACACAUUUCUCGGUCCCACUUGCGCUUGUCACUCGGUCCUUGUGCCCUACGGGGAUUUUUGCGGGACUCCUCCCAUGUCUUUUGAUGGUCUGCUGCAGCGCGAGAAAGAUAGGGCCAUAGAAGCACGAACGAGUCAGGGAUUUUGCGGUUUGUUCAUGAGAGCGAGCGCGUAGCCAUGCGUCUCACGAUAUAAGCCUUUCUUAAUAAUCGAGUUCAGGAUCCGCAAUGUGAUUUAUCCACAUAGUUUUCAUGGUGUGCAUCGAGACGACAAACUGAGAUAUUUAGUGUCUUAUCUUUGUGUGUUUGUCGGGUCCGGGAGACG